AUGACCAAUCAUGCAUCCCAGACCGCCGAUUCCCCAUCGGGACGUUCCGCCCAAGCGAUUCGCCUUUGGAUUCCGGUGAUUGAGCACGAGAAAGCUAUAAAACGAGAACAAAAAAGAGCCGAUGGUUUGGAGGCUGACAAUUGCCUGCUGCGUGAGCGUCUCGAAAUGACUCGCACGGGAGGUUUCUAUUUAUGGCCUUUCGGCAGAAUCGACCAGCAGGCAGACAACCAAACCGCCGGUAUUGGGGAGAUGCAGGCUGAGAACUUCCGUCUUCGCCAGCAGCUCGAAAAACAAACCUCGUCCAUCGAUGCCUACAUAAAGGGUCAAGAGCAAGCCAAGACCAGAGUGAGCGAGCUUGAAAAGAAGAACUCGAGCUUGGGACGCCAAGUUAAGAAGGUUCAAGCCGGAGUGUGCGAGCUGGAGGAGAACAAUUCGCAGUUGAAACGCCAAGUCGAGAAGGGUCAGAAAGACUACGAGAAUGAUAUUAAACAGCACGCCAACUACAUCAACAAACUCCAACACAAGAUCAAGGUCUUGAAGGAGCAAGUGGCUGCUAGGGAUGUUGUCAACGCCGGAAGUCAGCGCAUCGCCAACGCCAGCAAGGUCUCUGACGACGCAAUCCUCGCUAUUUGGAACCAAAUGGCGUACAACGUCCGAAGCAUCGUUGCGUCUCUUCUCACACACUGUCCCUCAAAAGAAGAGGUGGUAAGGGUUGUAAGGCUUGUCCCCUGCAGGGUUUCCAAAUUAAUCAAAGCCGACUUCGCCCUCGUCCAAAAUGACGACAUCAGAUCGUCAAUUGUGGAGAGACAUCUGUGGCUCGCAGUGUCCGAUGUAAUUGACGGUGACAGCUGUGACCAAUCUAUGGAUGUCUGGGGAGGCCUUGCAGGAACCCAUCUUCAGUUGGCGUUCCGCGCCUUGCUCGGCUCUCAAAACAAAGAUGCUGAGGCACUUCUUCGCUGGAAAGCUGAAGGCUCCGGUAUGAUUGAGAAGAUCACAGGUGUCGACAAGAAAGCCCUCGGUCGUCUGGCCCAGGAGCAAACCCACGCCUUCUCCGUUUUCAUGCCCCGAGACAAGCAGAAGGAUUUGUUGGCAGUGAAAGGACUCUGUGAAGACCUCGAAAAGAUUUUUGAUCUGGCUGUUCAGCUCCACUCAAUUUUCAUGUGUUCCAGAGCUCAUUUCGAGAUUCGAUGGGUUCAUGAUCUCAGCAGAUCAAAGAACAAGAAACUCUUCUACAGAGCAGAGUCGAUGGAUGCGGAGGCGUGGGAGGUCGAACUCAAUGAAAAUUCCGUCGUCUAUUUCGGUAUUUCGCCGGGCCUGUUGAAGUUUGGCACCGCAAACGGGGUUGAUUACGACAAGAGCAAACUGCUGGUCAAGGACCGGGUGGUUUGCAAAUAG